ACGUCUCUCUCAGCUGAGAUUAUAAAGAUAAGACGAUUCACAACAUCAUGUCACUUGCAUAAAACAUGUGAACCAUCAUCACUUCUAAUAUAUUAUUCAUCGCACCACGUGUUUCUUACUUCCUUAUCUCUCUUCUCCCCCGGAAGCACCGGUGUCGUCUUCCGCUCUCACGGUCCGUAUAUACCGGCAUCCGUCGUCCUCAUCUCUGAAACAGAAAGACACAAGUUCCCUAUUGGGGUUAUUUCACCGGCCUUUUCAGCCGGUCCGUCUAAAUACAAGUACAAGCUGCGGGGCUAUCUCUGUCUAAUGCUUAUUAGUGAGCGGAUGCCUAUCUCGACGAAAUGCACAUUGAACCCUUGUUCCCUGCGAUCGCGAGCUCAAGUCAACUGAUUGUGCUGUUUUCUGCUUAUCCCGUUCGCCUCAUGUUGCUUGGCUGCAGAUGACCUUAUGUGCCGCUCGCGUACCGUUGCUUGCAGAUGGGAUGGUAUAAGGGAGGCUGCUAUCACAUUUUGGGUUUCUCGUUUGAUACACACUUCUUCUUUUCGUACCUCGGUUCAACUUUGCUGUGCUGUCUUUGUUCAACCUCGUAUAUUAGGCGUAGCAAGACGACAUCGUACAGGCCGGUUUUGACAUUUGCGGUAGCACAAUGAACGAUUCAAACACCCCUUCUACUCCUGAUACGGAGUACUCUCCUCCAUGUAGUCCCCAGCAAAAGAUUCAGCAUCUGAGAGAUACUCGCUCUGCAGCAAGAGAGAAGCUGGCGAGGCUGACGCUGGUGGAAAAGGUCUCACUCCUCACAGCUGCAGACUUUUGGAGAACGAAAGCUAUUCCUGAGAAGGGCAUCCCCUCGAUCAAGACAACUGACGGUCCCAAUGGUGCACGUGGUGGCAUCUUUGUUGGCGGCACCAAGGCUGCACUAUUCCCUUGCGGAAUCUCCCUCGCAGCAACAUGGAACAAAGAUCUGCUCUACCAAGUCGGGCAACAUCUAGCGCUCGAAGUUCGAGCUCGAUCAGCAGAAAUGCUUCUCGCUCCCACAGUCUGCAUGCAUCGUCAUCCCCUUGGCGGCCGUAAUUUUGAGUCUUUCUCCGAAGACCCCCUUCUCACUGGAAAACUGGCAGCGCAGUACAUCAAAGGUCUUCAAGACAGGGGUGUUGCAGCGACCAUCAAGCAUUUCGUUGGAAACGAGCAAGAGACCAACAGGUUGACGAUAGAUUCGCUCAUCACAGAGCGUCCUCUUCGGGAGAUCUACUUGAAACCGUUUGAGAUUGCUGUUCGAGAGGCUAACCCUUGGGCUGUCAUGACUUCGUACAACCUCAUCAACGGCGUCCACGCUGAUUUGAACAAGCACACAUUGAAAGACAUCCUCCGAGGGGAGUGGGGAUACGAGGGAACCGUGGUUUCUGACUGGGGAGGCAUCAACUCGUCCAUCGAAUCCGUGGAAGCAGGAUGCGACAUCGAAUUCCCCUACUCCUCAAAAUGGCGUCUGGACAAGCUCGUCACAGCCGUCAACGAGGGUCGCAUUUCGAUUGAGGAUAUUAACCAAGCAGCUGAGAACGUACUCACGUUGGUGGAACGACUCAAGGGAGGCGAUAUGUCGCCUGAAGCACCUGAGCGGGAAGAUGACCGUGAGGAAACGAGGGAACUCAUCCGAACUGCUGGCCAUGAAGGUCUUACACUUCUCAAGAAUGACGGCGGUAUCCUCCCUUUAUGCCCCAAAUCUACCAAGGUCGCUGUUAUUGGGCCCAACGCCAACCGACAUAUUGCAGGCGGUGGUGGAAGCGCGAGUUUGAACCCGUACUACAACACCAUUCCGCUUGACAGCAUUCGCAAGGUAUCUAAGCAGAAAGUCUCGUUCGCCCAAGGUUGCCAUAUCCACAAGUGGCUCCCCGUGGCAUCUGAGUACUGCACUGAACAGACGGGCAAACCAGGCGUUCACAUUGACUGGUAUGCGGGUGAUAAGUUUGAGGGUAACCCAGUAGUGAAGCAGCGCCGAACAAACACAGAUCUCUUCCUCUGGGACUCAGCGCCCUUGAGCGAAGUCGGCCCCGAAUGGUCUGCCGUGGCCACGACGUAUCUCAUGCCGAGGACAACAGGCAAACACACCAUCAGCUUCAUGAGCGUUGGGCCUGGAAAGCUCUUCGUCAAUGACAAGUUGGUUCUAGAUCUGUGGGACUGGACCGAAGAAGGCGAGGCGAUGUUUGACGGCUCGAUUGACUACCUCGUUGAUGUCGACAUGGAGGCUGACAAAGCUGUUGAGCUGCGCGUGGAGAUGACGAAUGAACUUCGUCCCAUUUCGAAGCAGAAGCAGUUCGGCAUUACGCACAAAUACGGUGGAUGUCGCAUCGGAUAUAAGGAGCAAGAUCAGGUGGAUUAUAUUCAGCAAGCGGUCCAGACGGCUCGCGACGCGGAUGUCGCUGUCGUUAUUGUCGGAGUCGAUGCGGAGUGGGAGUCGGAAGGGUAUGAUCGUCAGACAAUGGAUCUUCCAGCUGAUGGAAACCAGGACAGGCUUAUUGAAGCUGUCGUCAAAGCUAACCCCAAGACCGUUGUCGUCAACCAAUCCGGCAGCCCAGUGCAUAUGCCAUGGGUCGAUCGAGUGCCUGUGAUUCUUCAGGGCUGGUACCAAGGACAAGAAGCCGGCAAUGCAUUGGCAGAUGUCCUAUUUGGUAUUGAGAACCCAAGUGGCAAGCUCCCAAGCACGUUCCCCAAGCGCAUCGAGCACACCCCAGCAUGGCACACCUGGCCUGGCGAGAACCACAAAGUGCUAUACGGCGAAGGUCUCUACAUCGGCUACCGACACUACGACCACGCCAAGAUCGAGCCCCUCUUCCCCUUCGGUCACGGCCUCUCCUACACAACCUUCGAAUACGGCCGUCCCGAGAUCUCAACAAAGACCCUCACCCCCGAUGGCGAGAUCAAGAUCACCCUCGCCAUCUCCAAUAUCGGAUCCCGCGCCGGUGCAGAAAUUGUGCAGCUCUACGUCCACGAUGAAAAGAGUCGCUUGCCACGACCUGAAAAGGAACUCGUGGCGUUUGAGAAGGUGUUUCUUGAAGCGGAAGAGACGAGGCAUAUCACCAUCAAAUUGGAUAAGUACGCUGUUGGGUAUUAUGACGAGACUGUUCCUGGGUGGAUUGCUGAGGAGGGCGCGUUCAAGGUGUUGAUCGGAGCGUCGAGUACGGAUAUCAGACAAUCGACGAGGUUCAAUGUGAAGGAGUCGUUUACUUGGGUGUUCUGA